AGCGUCAGGAUGCACCUCAACGCCACCGUGCUCCUGUCGGUGGAUUUCAACACCCCGGGUGACUUCCUCAUCUUCACCUUCCACAUUCUGUUCGCCACGAGCGCCGUGCUCGUCGCCGGCUCGGUGGCCAUCGGCAUCUCCGCCACGCGCUCUCUGCGAGGCCAGAACCGUUUCAUCUUCAUGCUGAACACGAGCAUCAGUGACACGCUGACCGGCUUCUCGGUCUACUACCUCGGCCUCUUCGACGUGCAAGAGGGCUACCCCUCCAGGAAUGGGACAUUUUACAUUCUGCCCUCAUUCCUGGGGGUCAAUGUGUUGACCUUCCUCUUCGCGCAGAUCGACCGCUACUUCGCCGUGUGCCACCCGUUCUUUUACAAUCGCUACAUAACGAGGUGUGUUGUCAUCGGCAUUUGCGCGUUCUGCUGGACCUACACCUACUGCAUCCUCACGGUGCAGAACAUGGUGCCGAUUUCGAAGGCGGCUCAGAUAAACGCAUUCGGUGUGAUGACGCUGCAGAUCAUAGUCGUUACGAAACUGCUGAUGACGAUCAAAUUGUACAUCAUCGCCAGGAAUCACCUGGUGAGAGAGGCGCCCAGCGCCGACAGAGAGAACAAGAAGGAGUCGCUGCGCAUUAUCGUGUUCGUGGUCAUAUGCUUCUUGGCCCUCUGGUGUCCGUCCUUUGUGAACAUCAUUGUCAGGCAGUUGACUCGGACAGGGCUGAGGUUUAGGAACGAGGCCACUAACCUGUUCGCCAUCAUGGCGCGCCUGAACGCACUGGUCACCCCGGCUCUGUACAUAUGGGGCAGCCCGGCGCUGCGCGGGGCCGUGUGGGCAACCGUGUGGCGGAGGAUCUGCCCCGGGCGGAGGGCAAGAGUUGGUUUCACCUUCGAUGGGGUGACAAACAAAUUAUAACGAAGCUGACUCUGCAUCAUCAUCAUCAUCAUCAUCAUCAUCAUCAUCAGGUAUGCAUGAGGAGAUGGACUAGAAGCCUUAUCGGGGGGCUGGUAUCAAUUUAUAAAUCAACGUGAGUUCACAGACAUCACGAUUGAAUUGUUCUGGAUUUUUUUUUUAAGGACUGCACUUCACAGAUCGGGAAGGUGGACUUUGAUGUGUGUGUGUGUGUGUGUGUG